AUGUGGGCCAGAGGAGCAGCCCGGUGUGGGGUGAGCGGAGGCCGGCACUGGCGUCCCUGUGGGCGCAGGCAGACCAAGCUGGCUUUGCAGCCAGCUGCAGCCCCCGCUCAGGAUCAGGCCCUCGCGGGGCCGCCCGCUGCGCAGGCACAGGGGGGCGGCCGGAGCCCCGCGCUCGCUCUGCUCGCCCCUCCGCCGGGGACCGAGUCCUCCUGCCGAAAGGAGCGGUGCUCCUACGGACGAUGCUCUGCAGAUAAAGAGGAAUCCGAAUUUUUGCACAGGGAGCGGCAGGAGCAGCUGAUGGGAUACCGCAAGCGGGGGCCCAAGCCAAAGCCGCUGGUCGUGCAGCUUCCCUCCUUUGCCCGCCGCUCGAACAUCCUGACGGGGCUGCAGGACCCUGCCGUGGACAACAGGCCAAAGCUGGAUCUCGGCUCCUCUGGCAAGAGCCAGCAGCACCAGUAUGAACUCAACAGCAAGAAGCAUCACCAGUACCAGCCCAACGGCAAGGAGAGCAGCAUGAAGCACCAGUCCCACAGCAAAGGGAAGUAUUACUACCAGCUGAACAGCAAGAAGCACCACCACUACCAGCCGGACCCCAAGAUGUACGAGCCCCAUUACCAGCCCAGCAGCAAGGAGCCGCAGAGCCAGGCCUGCUUGGACAGUAACAAGAGCCCCCUGGUCGCCCACCCGGACAAGUGGGCUCAUGGCCCGGCCAAAAACCUACUGGGCCCGGUCAAGAACCUCGCUGCAGAGAGCAAGAGUGGGGCUGAGAAGAACCUGUCCAGUGGUACUGGGCCUCCCCCCAGGGACAGGGUGGCCAGCAAUGGCCUCGGGGGCAAGAUGAAGAUCGUCAAGAACAAAAACAAGAACGGGCGCAUUGUGAUCGUCAUGAGCAAGUACAUGGAGAACGGGAUGCAGGCGGUGAAGAUCAAGUCCGGGGAGCCGCCCCGGAAGCGGGCUGCGGAGGAGAGGACUCCUAAGAAGGGUGGGGAGGAGAAGCUGGAGGCUUGGAGGAAGCCAGGGGAGGAGAGGGUGGUGGGCAGCAAUGCCCUGAGCAAAGCAGAGGGCGAGGGCUGGCAGCCCCCCACGGAGCUCGAGGAAAGUCCCCGAAAGACUCCCCUGGCCAAGGAGCUGCCCCUUCCUCCGGCGGAACAGCCCCUGCAGCUCACCACCAAGCCGGACCUCGUGCCCUGGUCCCUGAGUCCCGUCUGUGAGCACAGCCCUUCCUCCAUGGGACUGAACCUCUCCAGCCCCGGCUCACGGAAGCGCUGCCUGUCGGAGCCGCAGGCAGAGCGGGAGCCGGGCAAGAAGCCGCUGACCUCCCGCAGCAUCAGUGCCCCCACCUGCCUCAGUCCCCCAGCCCCGGAGCGGCCGGAGCUGCCCGCCCCCGCCCAGCCGGAGGUCAUCCUGCUGGAUUCGGACCUGGACGAGCCCAUAGACUUGCGCUGCGUGAAACCGCGGGCGGAGGGCGAGCUGGCCUUGGCGCAGGUGAAGCCAGAGGUGCCACCAGCGCAGGCCGAGAAACCGGCCACAGAGCCUCCACAGCCCCAGGAGGCCACGGAGGAGGAGGAGGAGGCCGAGUCCCUGCAGGAAUUCAAGCCCUUCUUUGGGAAUAUAAUUAUCACAGACGUGACCGCAAACUGCCUGACCGUGACCUUCAAGGAGUACGUGACGGUGUGA